GUACUCUGGACAUCAUAUCGUAUUACUUUUAUACCCCAGUUGGGUAUAAAAACUGCUCUUGUAUACACUGGAAACCAUCAUCUACAGCUAACCACAGGGUUCUUUUAGAUUGACAUCUGUGAGAUAAUUAGGUAGAAUGAUGUCUGUGAUGAGUUGGCUUACAGUGAUUCUGCUUAUUGACCUGGUUUGCUCUGGUAAGACUGAUUCUGCAUUGCCUUGAAUUAGUUUGUAUUAACUUCUUACCCUUAACUUCUAACUCAAUUUAAAAUACUAUGAAGUUAAAAAAAGUAAUUUAUCUAUUCAUAGUCAUGCUACUAGUUUGAGAUAUUUCAGUGGGUAAAAGUAUAGUCUGUUUAUUUUAUUUUUAUUUUAUUUUUUUAUCUUAUUAUUAUUGAUAAUAUUCUCUGCAAGCAGGGUCAUUUCUCCCUUAUUUACACCCCCAUGAUUAAUUUGUAUAAUUGAGAAGAUGAUGUUUAUAGAACGUUAGUGUGUAAAGGAAUUUAAAAUAAAACUAUAUUAAAAAUGUAAUAUAAAAAAAAAAACUUUUUUUCUUCUUUUGAAGAUCAGCCAAUUCCCCAAUCAUCAUUAUUAUAAUGGGUUAUAUGGAGUAAGACAGAAUUCUACUUUUUCCCAUUUUUCUUUGUAUUGCAAUUUAUGUUCUUAUUUCUAAAGUGCUCUAUGCAUUUUAUGAAUGCAGAAUUUGUCUGUCACUUCAUCUGUUUUUUUGUUUGUUUUUUUCUCACCUGCUCCUUCUGACAUGUUUAAAUGAAACCGUUACCCUUCAAAGGGGACAGCAUUAUUAUCUCCAGUAUUUGACCACAUUAUUGUAUUUUAAGUUUGUCAGUAUGUUUACACUUACAUUGUCUUCUUCAAGCUCUGAGUCAGUAGGCUUUUCUGGAUGAAAUCACUGUUCUGUUUCUUGUUGUGAGAUAUAAAUCUCACUGAGUUAUUAAUGUUCUUUCAAUUAGCGUGUGACUUUUGUGAAGGUACAGCGAAGCUUUACUAGAUUUGAUCGAUGGGGUUGAAAUAAUUUAGUGCUAAAGGGUUGAGUAAUGAGAUCAAUAUUAAAAAUGUUCAGGCAUGAUUCCUGAGAGUAACUAAUGCAUCAUAUAGAACUGUAAUUAAAUACUAACUCAAUUUUGGCUCCUACAAGUCCAGAUAAGCUUUUGUGUGCGUGCAUGUGUGUGUGCGUGUGUGUGUGUAAAAUGUAUAAGCAUGAUAAAUAAACUAUAAAACUAACAAGUGCUGCUAGUUAAUAUAAAUCUAAAUCUAAAGCGAAUCCUGUAUGGGGAAAAAAUGGCUGACAAAAAAUAAAACAAUAUAUGCCUAAACGCUUACUUCUGUUCCAACUGAAGCAUACCAUUAUAUGCUUCAGCCCCAUCAGAUUAUUACAUUACCAAACACUCACACACUUUUGUUUUCAUAUAGAUAUAUGGUAUAUUUUCUAGGUCAAAUUCUAUGGAGAAUGAAGGAUCACGUGCAUAAAAUCCAACAGGCCAGAAUAAAACAGAGUGUGACACACACUUCCACUGUCAUUCCCAAAAAAGGCACAAUUCACCAACCCCUGAACCACUUUGAUAGGAGAAAUGACAAAACUUUCCCACAGAAAUUCUUUGUGAACGACGUUUAUUGGCAGCGUUCAGAUGGACCAGUCUUUCUCUACAUAGGAGGAGAGGGCCCACUGUCUAAAUUCAGUGUAUUGUUCGGUCACCAUGUGGACAUGGCAGAGAGAUAUGGAGCACUGCUGGUGGCCCUGGAGCACCGCUUCUAUGGGCAGAGCAUCAACCCCGAUGGUCUAGAGACAGAGAACCUGAGAGAUCUCUCAAGCCAGCAAGCUUUAGCCGAUCUGGCUGCGUUCCAUCAUUAUAUCAGCCAGCGUUUCAGCCUCUCCCAUAAGAACACCUGGAUCAGCUUCGGUGGUUCCUAUGCUGGAGCUCUCUCAGCUUGGUUAAGAGGAAAGUUUCCUCAUCUUAUCUACGCAGCAGUGGCAUCAUCUGCCCCUGUUCAAGCUCAGUUGGACUUUAGCUCUUAUAAUAUGGUGGUUGGUCAUAGUCUUAUGAAUGAGGCAGUGGGCGGCUCUAAAAAGUGUGUAGCAGAAGUGAAAGGGGUGUUUGCAGCAGUAGAGGCAGCUCUGCUAAUGGGGAAUGAGGUAGAGGUGGGAAAAGACUUUGGCUGUUGUGAGACCCCUAUCAAACCAGAGGACAAGAUGGAACUGUUGCAGAGUUUGGCUGAUAUCUUCAUGGGAACCGUCCAAUACAAUGAGGAGGGGGUUGCAUUCAGCAUCGCAGAACUUUGUGGCAUCAUGACCAAUAAAAGUGAACAGAAUGAACAGAAGGAGGAGGCAUAUGACCGUCUGGUCAAACUAGUGGCGAUGUACCGUGCCAGAGAGAAGGUGUCAUGUCUGGAUGUUUCUCACGAAAAGCUUGUGCUUGAACUCAGAAACACUACAGCUACAUCCAGCUACAGACAGUGGUUCUACCAGACCUGCACUGAGUUUGGCUUCUAUCAGACGUGUGAGGACACUAGCUGCCCCUUCUCACGUAUGUCAACCAUCCAGUCUCAGACUGAGCUCUGCUCUCGAAUCUUUGACAUCCCUCAGGACCGUCUGCCUGUCCACAUUGACUUUACCAACCGGUACUAUGGAGGGAACCGGCCCCAAACACAAAGAGUGCUCUAUGUCAAUGGAAACAUUGACCCAUGGACAGAGCUAAGCGUGGUCUGGAAUGACACUAUGGUGGACAAUGACAGAGUCAUUCUUAUCGACGGCACCGCCCACUGUAGGGACAUGAACUCAGAUAAAUCAAUGGAUAAACCUGCAUUGCACCAAGCCAGGAAGGAGAUUGGAAGACGUGUGGCCAUGUGGCUCAAAAGUGCAGCACUGGCACCAUAAGAUUUUAUCAGCAUGUCUUUUUGAUAAUCAUAUGACCAAAGCAUGCUAACUGAGUUUCCUUUUAUCCUUAAUUUGCAAAAAUAGAUAUUGAGCACUUGAGCAUAUCUUCUACAUUAGAUUGUUUAACCUUUAGGAGUCGAGAGACUAACCAGAUUCACAUUGGCUUGGGGUCAGGGGUACAUUUUGUGUUGAGGUUUGGUCAGCAUUGCAAUUUUGUAAGCAAUUACACACAAGUACUUUAAAUAGUAUUUUAUCGUACACUGAAUAAAACAUUCAUGUACUGUAAGUACAUAACAGUUAAAGACACCUACAGUUAUAUAAAGUCGGCUCAAUAUUACUAUAUGGCAUUUUCCCCCCCUUUUCUGUAAAAUAAGUUCCAUUCUAA